UCACCUCACCUCACCUCACCUCACGUUCCAGAUCUGCCGUGUGGGUUUGAGACUUGGGGGUUGCCAGCACAGCGUGGAGAUGUCAUCUGAGCCCAUUAUCAUGUCGUUCGUAAUAAUUCGUGUCAGCAUGUCUGGCAUCCAUCGGUCAGAAGACGACUCUGUCAGUCGGCCACACCUUCGGGUCGGGAAUGAACGGUAUGGUUUCUUUUGUGUAUAAUCAUAAAGAGCACUCCAGAAUGAUGGUGAGUAGUACGCCACACACCAUCUCAUCGCAGAUACCAACCACACACCAAUACUUGUGAACAACGUUUACCUCUGGGACUUUGUCAAGUCUGUCCAGGAGAAGAGCAAUAACAAACAAGCAAACAACGCAAAAGUCAAAUAACAAAUACCGUUGAAACAUACCUUAUAACCUUAAAUCCAUGCCGCCAGUCAAGAUCCCUCUUCCACGUGUUGGUCAAGCAGUCAGAUCAUUCGCCAGUCAAUCGGCUGGCUUGAGGGCAAGCCACAGACUACAUCUUCACCACCCACUUCACAUUCCAUCCCAAAGAAUUCUGGCCAAGGCUGCAACAUCGGCACAGGCUCACGCAACGAGCUUUCCAGUUGUCGUGCGUGACGCUACAAGCUAUGGGGCUCUGGCAGUGUUGACAUCGGGCAUGGCGUUCUCGAUUUAUUGCUGGGUAAGCAAUAUUUCUUCAUACCCUUCCCGGUAUCCGCUGCAAGCCGUGCCGUGGAUACCAAGGAGCGACUUCUGAUGAUGACGAUGACGACUUCGUCGUCGCAUUGUCCGGCGUCGGCAAGCCUUACGAACAAUUUUGAAGAAUCGACGCUGAUUUGAUCCUGCUGCAAUCAUAUAGGAUGGCGAGGGCGAUAUUAUGGAUUAUUUCGCGUUGUAAUGAUUGUGAGAUUGUGAGGAGUUUUGGGAAUUGCAACAGUGGCAGGGCGGUCGCCCGUGCCGACGUACCACACCUCGACGUGUGUACAAUGAUACUCAGCAAAUAUGUCCUUUGAUUUGAUUCAUCUGGGGUGGACCUGGACAACUCUUGGAUGCCAUGUUCAAUGGAUAUUCACUCACGAGAUGACCCAGCAGACGUGACCAUGGUCUGGUAGACCAUCGAGUUCUUCGCUGAACGGUCUCAAGGCUGGUGAUGUACUAGAUUUGAGCUGCGGAGAUGUCCCUGGGCCACGUAGGCGAUAUCAAACAGAUAGUGCCGAAUGAAAUACAACAUCCAGAACCAAGA